AUGUCGUGGUCUGGUCUUCUCCGUGGUAUCAGCAAAUCCCUGAGCUGCGGUCUGGCCAUGGCUCCCCGGCUCUGGGCCACCCGCCCCAUGGCCACCCUGAACCAGAUGCACCGCCAAGGACCUCCAAAGCGGAAGCCCCGGAGUUUGGGUCCCACAGAAGGCCGGCCACAGCUGAAGGGCGUGGUUCUACGCACGUUCACCCGCAAGCCCAAGAAGCCAAACUCAGCCAAUCGCAAGUGCUGCCGUGUGCGGCUCAGCACAGGCCAGGAGAUGGUCUGCUUCAUCCCCGGAGAGGGCCACAGCCUGCAGGAACACCACAUCGUCCUUGUGCAGGGUGGCCGCACGCAAGACCUGCCUGGCGUCAAACUCACUGUUGUGAGGGGCAAAUAUGACUGUGGCCAUGUGCAGAAGAAGUAA